AUGUCAAUAGCCAUGACUUUUAAUCAUAUCCCGGUUGAGGGGCUUCUGCUCAAAAAAAGGGGUAUGGAGCACGUUUGGUCUUUAAUGAAUGAUCGCCAAGGUGGUGGAUCUAAUUCCAGUCAAUUUAGAUUUCCAGUUGGCCUGUGGGUUGACAAUCUGCAGAAUAUGUAUGUAACAGAUGUACUAAAUUUUCGUGUCCAAUAUUUUCCUGGCGUGAACAGCGGAAAUGGCACUGGUACUACCGUCGCUAGUGGAGGUCUUGGUUACUGCUAUGGUUUAUAUGUUGAUCGAAAUGGGAGCAUCUAUGUAGUAGAUCAGACCUACAAUCGAAUAAUGAAAUAUUCGCCGUCUGUUUCAACAACAUCAGAUAUUCAGCAGGUAGUUAACGCUCAGAUAAACCAGUCUCGAGGUCUUUAUGUCAACGAAAAUGACGGAAAUUCAAUUUAUAUUGCUGAUACUCUUAAUCAUCGUAUACAAAAAUUUGUAAAUGGGAAUGAUCUAACUAUUGGUACAACAGUAGCUGGCGUAACAGGUCAGCCGGGUUCUAAUGCAAAUCAGUUGGCCAAUCCGAGUGCCGUUAUCAUUGAUAAACAAGGCAAUUUGUACAUUGCUGACACAUCAAACAGUCGAAUACAAAAAUGGUCACCUAAUACUUUUUUUGGCAUCACAGUAGCAGGUAGUCAAGGUGGUAUAGCCGGCACUACUGCAGUUGACUUAAACCAGCCAAGAGCUUUAGCCUUGAAUGAGACAGGAUUGUUACUGUAUGUUGCUGAUAGCGGAAAUGAUUGUGUUAAAAUGUUUUUAUUAAACUGA